CCAUUUCUUCCCUGGACACCCACAUAUAUACAUUCACUCUUUAUAUAUAUUGUCUUUCAAAAAAGAAAUAUUAAACCCAUAUAUAUAUGGCCAAUAUUCCAAUAAUAAGUAGUGUAGCUUCCAAUUCAAUGGAGCCGUGGCAUAACAUACAAGAUAAAGUUGUGAUGGUCACGGGAGCAUCAUCUGGGCUUGGUCGAGAUUUCUGUCUAGACUUGGCUAAAGCCGGUUGCAAAAUUGUGGCGGCUGCUCGGAGGAAAGACAGACUUGUGUCUUUAUGCGACGAGAUAAAUAGAAUGUCGUCGGAUAAUGUUCGAGCGGUGGCGGUUGAACUGGAUGUGAGUGCAAAAGGUCCCCACAUUGAGGCAGCGGUGAAAAAGGCGUGGGAGGCAUUUGGUCAUAUUGAUGGUUUGAUAAAUAAUGCAGGGGUUAGAGGUACCGUUCAUAGUCCAUUGGACUUAUCUGAAGAAGAAUGGGACAGUACCAUGGGAACAAACCUAACCGGAACAUGGUUGGUAUCCAAGUACGUUUGUAGAUGCAUGCGUGAUGCCAAACAAGGAGGUUCAAUCAUAAAUAUCUCAUCUAUUGCGGGUCUUGAUCGUGGUCAACUACCUGGAAGUUUAGCUUAUUCUGCUUCAAAGACAGGUGUUAAUGCAUUGACUAAGGUAAUGGCUAUCGAAUUGGGUAUGUACAAAAUCAGGGUGAACUCAAUCAAUCCGGGGCUUUUUAGGUCUGAGAUUACCGAAGGUUUAAUGGAAAAAAAUUGGCUCGACAAUGUGGCCAAAAGAAGUUGUCCUUUGAGAACAUUCGGCACAGCUGAUCCAGCCUUGACCAGAUUAGCAAGGUAUUUGAUCCACGACUCGUCUCAAUACGUAAGUGGCAAUAUCUUCAUUGUCGAUGCAGGUGCUACCUUACCCGGUGUCCCGAUUUUUUCUUCACUCUAAGUCCAUGAUGCAACCGAAGCCAACAUUUUUAAUACAAGUUAUAUUAAUUUAUUAUAUAAACUAAUUAUACAUGGGUUUCUCCCAAAAUUGGAAAUUUCUUCAUGAUUUAUUAUUGAUUUAUAUACAUUUUCUCUGUUAUGUCAACUUUAUGUUGAAUAUCCAAUGAAAGAUCUUCGAAACACA